CUAAAACACAUAUCGUUAGGCCAGCCAUAACUCACGUGCGAAACGUACAAAAUAUUAGCAAUAUGAAAAAAGUGUUGUUAUGGCAGCCUAUGCUUUGUAUGUAUACUAGUUUAAUUCAUUCUACUCAAAAGUUAUUUACGGAACAUACAUUAUUAUGAAAAGGUAUGUAGGUAUUAAAAUCAAAAUACUUCCCACAUACCACUACUUCACAGCAAAAAAAGUAAAUGUUUUUCGCAGCUACUGGUUCUAACUUAACCAGAUCAAACAUAUGCCAUCUCGUGUAAGAGCUUAACGAACCAUGCUUCCAACGUUGUAAUGUCCUUGACGCGGGUCAAAUUUACCGACAAGAGCCCGAACGUGCCUUGUGGCGAAUGUUGGACACAUGCAAUCCGUUAGCACUCUCCCACACGAUGUGGCGAAUGGCCUGUGUCCAACGUUGCAAGGCAUUCGUCACAUCGUGUGGGAGUGGUUUAAUACUAAUACACAACGCCAGGGCUGUCGUCAUUGACAGUGGCGUCUGCCGACAGCCGUGUUUUCGUUUUGUGCGUUUUGUUUGCGGUUAGCCGGUUAGUGUACAUGUUUUGUGUUUGUGGUGUUCUUGUUUUGUGGAAUUAACUGAGCUUUCGAGUAAGCAUUUUUUCAGUGUAUAUGUUUUGUGGUGCAUUUAACCUAGAAUUAUUGGAUUUUUAAGGUCCGACCGCUUUUUUUUAAAUAUUUUUUGUUUUCGUUAAGCAAUCAGGUUGUCUGCAAUAAGACGAUAUGUAUGGUUAGAGUAGUUUAAUAGUGUAAUUCUGGAAAACGGACAAAAUUGAAUACUAACCACGAUUUCAUACGGAAUAGAGCUAGCAAAAAGCAUCAAUAAUGGGGCGAAGGUCCAUUAAUACCACUAAAAGUGGUAAAUACAUGAACCCCACUGAUCAAGCCCGAAAAGAAGCUAGAAAACAAGAACUAAAGAAAAAUAAAAAGCAGAGACAACUUGUCAGAGCAGCCGUUCUUAAAGGAAAGGAUCCACAGCAAAUAUUGGAAGAAAUGGAAAAGAUAGAUCAAAUGGAAUUUAACGUAAACCAGCCAUCACCUUUGAAUGAGAAGGUUUUAAAAGAUAAACGUAAGAAAUUGAGAGAUACCUUAGAGAGGGUCCUCACCAUGUAUUACAAAGAUGAUCAAGAAAAAUGGGCAGAUUUGAAGCGAAGACAAAAUGAAUAUGAACAAAAGAAGAACCAACUGGUAGCAUUUUAUGAGUCUGUGAAAAGUGCGCAGCAGGUGACAGUGGAUGAAAUCCCUUUACCACAAAUCCCACAGCAACCGAGUAUUAAUGCUGCAUCUCAAAUACCAUUACCUAAAAAUGAAAGGAAACCAGAGCAUACAAUUUACUCAAUAGCUACUGCUUUGAAACUCCAAGCUUUGGGGCAACCAAUUCGAGAACCCCCUGGUUGUCCACCAGGCCCUCCACCAGAGUUGGAUGAUGAAGGGGAACCACUAGAGUUUGGCGCUAAGUCGAUUGUAGAGGAAGAAUUCGAAGAAGUGGAGGAAGACGUCGCGGCUGAGAUUGAGCAGCCGCAGUUAACAUCGCCAUCAGCAAAGAAACCAACAUCUUUGCAGCAGAAGAUGGUUGCCUUAUCAGGUCAAAAUGUAGAUGAAUUUAUGAAGGAGAUGGAGACUGUACAAAGGAGGCUGGAGGGCAAAGAGGAGGAUAGGGAAUCUAGGGCAAAGGUUAAUGUGCAUAUUGAGCCGCCAGCGCCACCUGGUACCACGGACAUCCUGCCCACAUUAACAUCGAGCAUAAUGUUGCCCCCUGGUGCACCUACCGCAAAUCGCUCCAUUAUGCCCCCGGCCGCUCCGCCAGGCCGUCCACUAAUGCCUCCCGGUCCGCCGCCAGGAAUGCCACCGCCCAGGAUGCCCCCCAUUCGGCCUGCGGGCAUUCCGGUACCUGGUCCGCCUCCGCCACCCAGGUUGGUUAGAUUGCCACCCCCGCCGGCGACAAACCCUGCCGCUACGGCAGCAAAUGCUGCAGUCGCUGCUGCUACUGUGCUGUCCGCGGCACCGCAGUUGAUCAAUAGAUCGGAAACUUCGGGCAGCAAACAGGGCGUAACGAUAUCGGCGAAGCCUCAGAUACGCAACCUGAGCGCCGACGUGACCAGGUUCGUACCGUCCACGUUGCGAGUGAAAAGGGAUGACAAGAAGCCGACCAAGAACCCGAGCGCGAUAGCCAGGGAGAUGAAGCAGAAAGAACUGUCCAUGCAACAGAGCGUCAUGGCUGCGACUGGAGCCACCAAAGAUGACGCUUACAAACAGUUCAUGCAGGAAAUGGAACAACUUAUAUAACAGUUGUUGAGGGUUUUUGAUGUCAGGCUUUGACCUGGCUUGUUUUUGCAGUGUAGAGCAUGUUCUAAAUGUACAGUGAGAUAUAUAAAUAUACUACACUGAGUCCUACUUACCGUGAAAUGUGCAAAUUCAGAAGUUUUGGGCGUCCAAAUAAAAGUGACAAGUACAACUAGUCGAGAUGUAGUCUUCCGGGAAGAACUUUUUUAUUCUGAAGGAACUCUGUUAGCAGGAUAACACAUUGAAAAAGUUACAAGAAUGGAGAGUAAACAUAGAUGGAAUGCCUAAAAUAAUUCAAGGAAAAAGUAGUAAUUUACAGACUUGUCUCGCGAUCACCAACUGAAACUAUAAUUUAACACAUUCUAUCAUUUCAUAUAAAAAGUAUGCAUAUUUUGAAAGCUUACAAUUUGUUUCAUAAGCUAACAUUUAUUCAGACCUUAAUCUAAUCUAUACAGUAGCAGUGCUGAUAUUUGAGAUGUAAAAUGUCAGCAAUGUUGCUGAAACUAGGGGUGAUGAAAUUUAUGCAUACCAUAUUUCAAUGUAGAAAAAACGUUUGAGAAUUUGAUUUUUUGCAUGAAAUAGAUCAUGUGAUACCUAGUUCUGAAACGCCUUAUGACUACUUCUUAACCCUAAAGUACCUGUAUAUUGAUUUACCGCACAUCUCGAAUACACGGCAAGACGCAUUUUUCUGAAAAAAGGGUCCAAUUUAAGUUUCAAGGUAUCAAAAAAGAAAUUUGGCGAUCUUAAAUAUGACCUUAGAGGUCUAGUUUGAGUUUUUACAUCAGAGUGCAUUUUCAUAAGAUCAAGUGGUCCACUCAGUAUGAUCUACGGUAACGUCAGAAAAGUACACGAACUUAGCAACCACGCAUUUUUAAAAAAGAUCUCGAUGAAAAUCCCAGGGUAUCCAAAAAGCAAUUUAUCUUCAACCUUAAAUUUAUUACUUAGAUAUUGACUAUUUCUUAGAUAUUGUUUGGCUGUUUGUAAAUUGGACGCAUUAAUAUGAUCUACUGUAAUAUCAUUAAUAUCUGAAAAGCGCAGCCAGAAAACUUCGCUACCACGCAUUUUUUGAAAGAAUCUAAUGAAUAUUUCAAGAUAUCAAAAAGUCAAUUAAUCUUUAACCUCAAAUAUUAUGAUUGUUAUUUGAAUUCACAAACUUGACCUCUGAGGUCAAUAUCUAGGUUAUAUUUGAGGUAGCCAUUAAAUUGCUUUUUUGAUAUCCUGAAGCUAUUGUUGUUCAGCAAAAUUCUUUGUUUUCAUAUUUUUGUACUUUUCAGACAUUACAGAAAGUCAUACUGGUUGGACCACUCAUGACCGCGUGGCCUCAUGUCUGAAAAUGCACUCUGAUGUAGAAUCUCGAUUUAUACACAAAUCUGCAAUUAAAAAUUUUGGUUGACUAUUUCAAUUUACGAACUUGACUCCCAGGACAAAAUUUUUGAAAUGAGGGAAUGGAACAACUGAGAAAAAGUGAGAGUGGUUCCUUUUCCUUUUGAGGAACUGUAUUCCUGAACAAAUAAAAGCGGCUCCAGGGGCUCUUCUCGGGAGAAAAGGUAUGCAUGUCACAACUCAAAAGGCGAAGUUAACUUCAAGAUGGAACGUUUAAUGAUAUAGGUGUAGAGUGCCUAGGAACAUGUUAUUUUGCCGAAAAUGGAUACAUUCACAAACAAGCUAUCAGAAUUUAGGAGCAUUUCUCAAUGAAGAGAACCACUAUUCUUGUUCUCAGCGAUUCGCCUACCUCGUUUUCACGAAUAGGGGUCAUUGUUUAGGUCAUGUUUUUCCAAUAAAAUGUGCAGUUGCCGAGUAUUACUUCUUCUUCGAUGGAUAUGGAUGGUUUUCGCCUUUGGAGUGCUUGUAUUCUUGUCUGGUUCUAAACUAUACUGCAAUCCUUUAAUAUUCGUAUUUAUUACCGAUUUGCUUUACUUGAUUCACAUCAUUACUUAUUCACAUUACUUUCUGUUACUAAUUUGACUGGUUAGGUGUGGGAGGGGGGUUAGUUAGAGAGAUAGCACUAAACAGGUAUACACUCUUCUCGCACCCGGGGGAGCAUUACACAAGCCCAGAAAUAUUGCCUCGGUAACGUAAUAGCACCCAGGUGAUAAUAGAAACAAAAGGAGAAUUUCAUAUCAUAAUUUUGAGGUGGUCACUUGAUGCAUUGGUUCUGAGAUAGUUUAGAUUCGAUAGGACACUAUGUAGUUGGAUAGGGAGUGGUAAGCCAGUUUUGAAUAAUUCCUCAUACAGGUUGAAGUUCAGUGUCAGAUUGAUAGGGCAUUCGAAGAAUGCAUGCUCCACAUCUUCUUCACCUCAUUCACAGGGGGGGUUGUUCGCAAUGCCAAUGUCGUACAGGGAUUUCCUAUAAAGUGCGUGACCUGUCCUCAGUCUAAUUAUACUUGUGAAAUAUCCUCUGUUUGUAUAUGUUGUCGUAUUGAACCAUAGUUUUAUGGGGAAGCCUUGUUGGGUUCUGCUGUUGUUUUCCUUUUAGUGCUUCUUUCCAGGAUUUGAUGAAUUUGUCUUUGGUUUUUUGCUUUAUUAAUUGUUGUAUUUCUGACAAUGGAACGUCGAUUUAACGCGGUGCAUUUAAGUCCUUGCCAAUUUUCGCUAAUUUGUCUAUUGUUUCGUAUUCUGCAAUCCCCGUAUAUCCAAGUAUCCAGUAUAAAAGUUAUAUUACAACCAUUUAUUUCCCUUAGCUUAUGUAGGGAUGCUGGCGACUCACUUUUUUCGAUCCACCUCACUUUUACUCUCUUUUCAUUGAAAACAUUAACUUUUCACACUAUUUUCGAUCUUGCUGUACAUAUUUUGGUUUAUAAACGUUUUUGAGGGAGCUGUCUGUUUUCUCUCAAGUCCCACGAAAUGAGGAACUGAUUUUUUUAUAAAAAUUAAGUAUGACAGAGUUGUCCAUGUACAGGGUUCUCCCCAAGCUGAGCCAAUAUGUGUUAUUAGGUAACUAAUAAAAUGUUACUUAGAUUGUUUGGCAGUUCAGAGUACUUUUAGGAAGUCAGAAAAUACGAAUUUACCUUGAACCGUUUUCAUUUUCUCCUGGCUUAAUUUGAGACGAGAUUUCAAUAUUCAUUGCAUUAACAGUGGAUCUUUUUGCAAGCCUUUGACAAGUAACUGCUAAUAUGUUAGUUCUUUAGUAUUCAUGUGUGGGACAAAUCCUGAAACUGAAUUUGGACCAAUUCACUAAUGGAGCUGAAAUUUUGUAUGUCUGUCUGGUCCUAAUAUAGCGUAUGCCUCAUAAUGGGGAUUAUUAUAUAUUAUUGAUAUCAAAUGAAAGGGAUUGAUGAAAAAAAUACAAUAAGCAAAGUGACGUCAUUUUAAUCCAUCAUGGCGGACGUUUAAUAUGUCAAUUGGCAAUGCAAUAUUAUUAUGACAUGGGGAUGAUCUGAUGAUGAAGCCAGGAACUGGCGAUGGGAACCCAUUGAAUAGAGCCUCGCUUGAUUCCUAAUGCCAAGUACUCUAGUCUUACAGACUGAUGAUUAAGUUAGUCAACUAUUCUAUCAAUCUAUAAUAACUAUAUCAAAUUCCAACUUUUUAACAUUAUUUCGCUAAAAUGUAGGUUCAAUCAAUAGGGCAAGAAUACUUAAUAGAUACGUAUAGUACGUCUCCCGCAUUUACAAGAAUUUUUUAUAUUUUUUAUGUUUCUUCUAUGCAUUGUAUGCAUUUGAUCUUGAAAUAUGCAUACAUAUAAAUAAUUAUUUUUACUUACGUCAAUAAAACAGUAACAAAGACCUUAUAUGAGUUAUUCUCGUUUUUACACACAUUCUUAUUUAUAUUAUCCGUUUAAACUUGACAUUAAUAUAUAUUUUUUCAGGAAAUUAAGACACUUUUCAUGUAUAAAUUCACUAUUUCUUACUACCUUUUUUAAAAACCUCACUUUUCUCACUAAAUUCAUGCUUUGGGCCGCCAGCACCCCUGCUUCUGUGAUUAACCUCUUCAUCAUUAAUGAAUUUCGAAUUGUUCCUAUUCCACCUAUACUCUCAAUAGCACUUUGCCAAUAUUAUAAAUAGUCCUAGAGAAGAAUGGAACAGCAAAUUACGGAAUAUGAUACAAAUAAAUCUAUUUUACCACAGAUUCAAUCCUGCUUCCGCAAAUCUUAUGAUACUACAACAGUUUUAGCUUGCAAGGUCGAUGAUUUGUUUUCAGUCGACAACAGCAAAAUUGUUAGUUUAGUAUUACUUGAUUACAGCAAGGCUUUCGAUACCAUACUAAAUUAAAAUACUUUGGCUUCAGCUGUCCUGCUGUGCAACUUAUAAAAAGUUUUCUGAUAGAAAGAUGGGAGACCUCAAGGCUCCAUUCUUAGUCCUGUAUUAUUCUCUAUUUAUAUUUCAGACGUUUCUAACAAUAUAAAGUACUGCAAUGUUCAUCACAACGCAGACGACACACAAUUAUAUUAUGGUUUUCAUAUCAAUGAUGCAUCUUUUUCCUUUGAUUUGAUCAACAAUGAUCUAAAUACCAUGUAUCACAUUUCGGCUGCUCAUAAUUUAGCAUUGAAUGUUUCUAAAUCAAAAGGUAUGAUUUUUGGACCAAAGCAUAAACGAAUCAUAAUAGAAAGUGAACAUGUAUAUCGGCUCAACAUCAACAACAUUCCUUCCAGUUGUAACUGUAAGCAAAAAUCUGGGUUUAUGGUUGGAUAAUGAACUAAAAUUUGACCGUCAUAUGAAGAAGUUAUGUUCAAAAUCUUAUGGUAUCCUCAUACAAUUAUAUCCUCAAAGACAUUUAGUAAAUAUUAAAUUAAAAUUACAUCUGUGUGAUUCACUAAUCAUUUCAAGGAUAUCUGAUUGUGACUCAGUGUAUGGACCCGCUUUAUUGCAAGCUGCAGCUACUCCAAAAUUCUUGUUUUCGUUAUUGUCUUGGCAUUAGAAAAUCAGGCCAUAUCAGUCCUCUUUAUAAGGAAAAACGGAAAAUUGAAUUUAGAAAAUCUUAGAAUCCAUGAUUCACUAUCUUUAGUCCAUAAGACGUUAAUCAAUAAGAAACCAGAGUACCUUCUCAAUAAGCAACAAAAUUUCGAAAAUGUUAACAACUUAGCAACAAGAAAUAGUCAAUCUCUAGUUAUACCCCACCACUACAUAGUUAUAUAAGAAAAGUGUUUCAUACAUUGCGGAGAAACACUACAACAAUCCACCAACUGAGUACCGCAAUUACAGUCUAAUAAAUUUCAAGAAAAAGAUAAAAGCAAUGCUUCUAUCCGCCUCCUCUACCUGAUGAUAAUGAGAUCAAUUUUCAAAAAUUCAGCAAGAAUAAAACUGACUGAAUGAUUUUUCGAGUCAUAUCAUAAGGUCAUCAUGAUUUUAUAUUAAAUGACUUGAAAUUUAAAUAUAUAUACUUGUAUAGAUUUAAACAUUAUUAGGAAAUUAUCACAAAUUACAUGUAUUCAUUAUUUUAC